UUUCGUUUUCCUGCGUCCGGUCUGUGACCUGCGCUGCCUGUUUCAGACGCCUGGCUUCCGCCGUUGACCGAGACCCGGCCUCUCGAUCGCCGGUGAGAUCGAGCUUCCCCGCGGCCUGCCCCGCCCCACGGAUCCAUCCUCCCGGUGUCUGUGCCCUUCCUCGCGGCGCUGCCCGCUUCCUUUUGCGGAAAGUUUGCUCGCUGUCCCGGCCGGGCCGGGCGAGUCCGACUGCACGAACCCGGCCCCUAGAGGCGCACCCCGGCAGGAUGUCUCAGUGGUAUGAGCUGCAGCAGUUGGACUCCAAAUUCCUGGAGCAGGUUCACCAGCUCUAUGAUGACAGCUUCCCCAUGGAAAUCCGGCAGUACCUGGCCCAGUGGCUCGAAAAGCAAGACUGGGAACAUGCAGCCGCCGAUGUGUCCUUCGCCACCAUCCGUUUCCACGACCUCCUGUCACAGCUGGAUGAUCAAUACAGUCGUUUUUCUUUGGAGAAUAACUUUUUGUUGCAGCACAACAUAAGGAAAAGCAAGCGCAAUCUUCAGGAUAGUUUCCAAGAAGACCCAGUACAGAUGUCUAUGAUCAUCUUUAACUGUCUAAAGGAGGAGCGGAAGAUUCUGGAAAAUGCCAGAAGAUUCAAUCAGGCACAGGCGGGGAGUAUUCAGAACACUGUGAUGCUGGACAAGCAGAAGGAGCUUGACUGCAAGGUCAGAAACGUGAAGGACCAAGUCAUGAGUAUAGAGCAGGAGAUCAAAACCCUAGAAGAUUUACAAGACGAAUAUGACUUCAAAUGCAAAACCUCACAGAACAGAGAACAUGAAACCAAUGGUGUGGCAAAGAAUGACCAGAAACAAGAGCAGCUGUUACUCCAUCAGAUGUAUUUGAUGCUUGACAGUAAGAGAAAGGAAAUAAUUCACAAAAUCCGAGAGCUGUUGAACGCCACGGAGCUGACCCAGAACACGCUGAUCAACGACGAGCUGGUGGAGUGGAAGCGGCGGCAGCAGAGCUCCUGCAUCGGGGGGCCGCCCAACGCCUGCCUGGACCAGCUGCAGGGCUGGUUCACAGGCAUCGCAGAGAGUCUGCAGCAAGUGCGGCAGCAACUCAAGAAGCUGGAAGAGCUGGAGCAGAAACUCACCUAUGAGCACGAUCCGAUCACCAAGAGCAAGCAGGGGCUCUGGGACCGCACCGUGGCCCUGUUCCAGCAGCUCAUCCAGAGCUCUUUCGUGGUGGAAAGACAGCCAUGCAUGCCGACGCAUCCACAGAGGCCUCUGGUCUUGAAGACUGGAGUACAGUUCACUGUAAAGUUGAGACUGUUGGUGAAAUUGCAAGAGCUGAAUUAUAAUUUGAAAGUAAAAGUCUUAUUUGACAAGGAUGUGAAUGAGAGAAAUACAGUGAAAGGGUUCCGGAAGUUCAACAUCUUGGGCACGCACACCAAGGUCAUGAACAUGGAGGAGUCCACCAACGGCAGCCUGGCCGCUGAGUUCCGACACUUGCAACUGAAAGAACAGAAGAAUGCUGGCAACAGAACCAAUGAGGGCCCGCUUGUUGUUACUGAAGAGCUUCACUCCCUAAGCUUUGAAACCCAGCUGUGCCAGCCUGGCUUGGUCAUUGACCUCGAGACGACCUCGCUGCCUGUUGUGGUGAUCUCCAACGUCAGCCAGCUCCCCAGCGGCUGGGCCUCCAUCCUGUGGUACAACAUGCUGGUGACGGAACCCAGGAAUCUGUCCUUCUUCCUGAACCCUCCGUGUGCGCGCUGGGCCCAGCUCUCUGAGGUGCUGAGCUGGCAGUUUUCCUCUGUCACCAAGAGAGGCCUCAACGUAGACCAGCUGAGCAUGCUGGGAGAGAAGCUUCUAGGUCCCAAUGCUGCCCAGGACGGCCUCAUCCCCUGGACUAGGUUUUGUAAGGAAAAUAUUAGCGAUAAAAAUUUUUCCUUCUGGCUUUGGAUCGAAAGCAUCUUAGAACUCAUUAAAAAACACCUGCUGUCUCUCUGGAAUGAUGGGUGCAUCAUGGGCUUCAUCAGCAAGGAACGGGAGCGCAUACUGCUCAAGGACCAGCAGCCCGGCACCUUCCUGCUGCGGUUCAGCGAGAGCUCCCGCGAGGGUGCCAUCACCUUCACCUGGGUGGAGCGGUCACAGAACGGAGGCGAACCUGAGUUCCACUCGGUUGAGCCCUAUACCAAGAAGGAGCUUUCCGCCGUCACUUUCCCUGACAUCAUCCGCAAUUACAAAGUCAUGGCAGCGGAGAACAUUCCAGAGAACCCCCUCAAGUACCUCUACCCAAACAUUGACAAAGACCACGCGUUCGGAAAGUACUACUCCAGGCCGAAGGAGGCCCCGGAGCCCAUGGAGCUCGACGGCCCGAAGGGAACUGGAUACAUCAAGACCGAGCUGAUUUCGGUGUCCGAAGUUCACCCUUCCAGACUUCAGACCACGGACAACCUGCUCCCCAUGUCUCCCGAGGAGUUCGAUGAAGUGUCUCGGUUCAUGGUUCCCGUGGAAUUUGACAGCAUGAUGAAUGCAGUCUAGAGCGUGAAUUUUUCUCAUCUUUGGCGACGUUUUUCCUUCCCACCUGCGAUCCCCUCACGCUCCUCUGUCCCCUCACGUCCCAUGUUUCUAGGGAAAUGAAAGAAAAGACAAGAAACUGCAACCUGUGGUUGCCAGUGAAUAUUCUUCUAAUUCAAAAACUGCCAUCCUGGAGGACUUCAUGCAUCUGGCUGAUGGUGACAUUGAAAGACUCUCCACAGAGGGGAUUUGCAAAAACACCCAGAGACCCUGAAAUCUCACGACUCCAAUGAGAGUCCUCUGGGAAAGGUGAGAAGUUUGGCAGCAUCUGAAAAUGCUUUGAAGUCAGUGCCUGAGAGUGACAGUCGCCAGACAGAUAGAUACGGUUAGGUGGGGAGCUUGCUGUAGGAGGGGGAAUUUCUGCUCUCGAAAGUUCUAUGCGAUCUCUCUGCUUUAAGUAUGGCUAGAAGUUUUGCAUCAUUUUAUCUGUGGAAUAAGUCAAAGCCAGUUAAAUGGUACAUGAACACUUUAUCAUAGAGGUACCAGUCUCCUGUCUGGGUAGGAGAUUGUGAACUAAAGAUAAAUUCUGUCUUGAGGAAAUUAGGGUUUUUGUCAGUUAUGGCUAAUGCAGUUGGCUAAUAAGCAGUAGAAGAGAGUCCAUGAGUACUCCUUUCUGCUUAAUCUUGAAUAUCCAAAGCUGAGUCUUUUCUGCUUUUGUCAUGGUCACCAGUGAGUAAAACUGUGGCAUUUUAGCAAGAGCCAGCCCAUGAGCAACAUCUCCCUUGAGGGAAAUCUCCUUUUUUAAAAACUUAAAAUUAUUUAUAGAUGUAGACAAACCCACAAAUUGAACUCAUGUUUCUUCAGUAAUCUCUUAGCCAUACAGUUGAGAAUGGCGCAGGAAAAGUAGUAGCUGGCAACUCGAAUCAUUAAUGAGAAAUAAUGCAAGAACCCAGUAAUGAAAAUUCAUGUCCUAUGUACCUGCACUGAGAACUGCAUAUUCUUCCGCGAUAAAUGUGUUUUCCUGACCAUCACCCUUGCGAAUGGCUCCGUGAUCAGUCCUGUGCCGCUUCCAUGCCUCUCUGGAUGCAUGGUGGCGUGUGGCAUGCUGCGUGUGCAGUGUACCCUUCCUUUCCUCCUCACCUCUGACACCCAGUGCUUCUGGGCUGUCAAGAGGGAUCCGCCGCCGACAGCUGAAUACCUGGUGUCUCCCUCGUCAGCUCUGUAACCGCAGUGUUGUAGAAAUGCUUUGUGUUUCUUGGGUGGAGAUAAAGUGUUCUUGAAAGCUGUUUUAAGAGCUGAGCUAAUAUCCAUAUUGCAUUAAACAAUCUGUGCGUCGUUUAGAGCUACACCAGAAUCAAGGCCUCCUCUCUGUUUUUACCUAAGAGACCAUGAACCUGGCUGGAAUUCGGUUCACUUUCUAAACAGAAAUAAGAAACAUUAUAUUUUAAGCAAUACUUUUUUUAAUUGCUGGGAUUUAAUCGUUUGCCGUAUUUUCAUCCUGCGAGAAUGAUGCAGCAUGCUUUUGUUCCACUGCCAAAGACGGAGGCUUGGUUUACUUGAAAGAAGUAUUGAAAUUUUAAUGUUAGUCUUUUGUGAGCAUUUAGUACAAAGAUUUUUAAAAUUGCUGGCCUUGUGAAUUGGUUUAAUAUUGACCUCAUUUAUAUAUCAGUCCUUGUUUGAAAAUAAGAUGCAUACUGCUGUU